CGCGCUUAUAUCUUGUUUGGCUGUCAGGUGGCCCCGGUCCAACAGGUUCAUCAUUAUGGGGGAUCCUGGACCCCGAGACGAGACAGAACCGGACCGACCUACGGCUGCGAAGAGCUCCUCCAGGCGGUUCAUACCGGGGUAGAACAACAAACAACAAACAAGAACAAGGUGUUGUGAUUAUCCCAGAAUAAACAGCCAGUGACUGAUCUGCAGAGGAGGAGGUGUUUCCUCUGAGUCAAGACGAGGGGGACGUGAGGAAGACGCUCAGGCUUAAUUGGAUUCAGCGCCGAACUGAGAGGGCAAAAAUGAAUGAAGUUUUGGUUAAAUGCUGGUCCUGUCAGCCCGGCCCAGUCCGAGCAGGCUGGGCUCAUCCGGAGUGAAGUCAGCCGCCUCUCAUCCGUCCUCUCCUCCUCUUCCUCCUCCGGGCGGAGAGAUGUCCGCGUUCUGCCUGGACCUGCAGACGUCCUCGGUGGUUUCAGCACCGCUGGAACUGGACAGCGACUGCAUGGAGCCMCGAGGCGGGCCGGGCCCUCAGCAGCCCGGCGGCUGUCAGGGUCACCCGCUGCGGCACGCCGGCUCCGGAGGCCUGGGCACGGCCUUGGAGGAGGAACUGGCCAUGAUCGCCGGGGAGCGGGGAGGCGAGGAYGAGCUGCCCGACCCGGAGGCGCCCGCGCUGGGGCGGAACGCAGACCUGCUGCUGCUCUUCCGCCAAAAGGAGAAAGACUUGGUUUUAGCUGCUAAACUCGGCAAAGCGUUGCUGGAGAGAAACCAAGACUUGACCAAGCAAUAUGAGAAAAUGCACAAAGAUCUCAGCGAGAAGUUAGAGCACCUGGAGCAGGAGAAGCACGAGUUACGACGACGCAUGGAGAGKCGAGAGGGGGAGUGGGAGGGCCGGGUGGCCGAGCUGGAGACAGAUCUCCAGCAGCUGCAGGGAGAGCUGGAGCGCCAGCAGGUCCAGCUGAGAGAGGCUGACAGGGACAAGACCAAGGCCAUCAGUGAGCUCUCUGAGCAGAACCACAGGCUGCUGGAGCAACUCAGCAGGGCUGCAGAGGUGGAGAGGCAGCUGUCCACUCAGGUCCAUUCAUUACAGGACAACUUCAGGGAGAAGAGCGUGUCUACAAGCCAGCACAUGACACAACUAGAGAGUCUACAGGCUGAGCAAGGGCUAGAAAUUAAGAUGCUGUCAGAGAGGAAGAUGGAGCUGGAGCGCCGGGUGCACGCUGCGCUGGAGGAGAACGAGCUGCUGCAGAACACUGUGGACGACCUCAGAGAGAGAGCCCUGCUGCUGGACAGGCAGUGUCAUGAGAAGGACCUGCAGUUGAGACAGAACCAGCUGGAGCUCCAGGAGGUCCAGUCAUCCCACCGGCAGCUCACCUCUCGACUGGCAGAGCUGACGGAGGAGCACAGCUUCCAGACUUUUACCCCCCACCCCUCCAGCCUGCUGUGUGAGAUCGAGCAGAGCAUGGAGCAGGAGGAGCAGGAGCAGGAGAGGGAACAGCUGCGUCUUCAGCUGUGGGAGGCCUACUGUGAGGUUCGCUCACUCUGCUCCCACCUGCGAGGAAAUGACGUCACGGACUCAGCACUGUCCACUGACUCGUCCAUGGACGAGUCCUCUGACACGUCUUCGGUGAGGGAUGUGCCUACAGGAAGUCUCCACACCAGCCUGCUGGAGCUGAGGAGGCUGACACAGAACCUGCUGGAUGGCAACGAGUCUACGGAAUCGCGGCGCAGCGAUGACGAGGCUCUGGAGGAGCAGGUGAGGAAGCUGGGAGAAGAGCUGCAGGACGUCAGAGAUCUGUAUGAAGCAGAGCAACACAAAACACGUAGCAACGAGGAAGAGCUGCGGAAACUGCACAACCAGGUGGCACUGCUCUCCGUGGAGAUCAGCUCUCUCCAAGAUGAGAAUGAGCGAAUGAGGGCGAUGGCUGAAGUCCGAGAACCCAGUGAGCAGCUCCAGAGUGCUAUCAGAGACAGAGACGACGCCAUAGCCAAGAAGAAAGCUGUGGAAAUGGAGCUGGCCAAAUGUAAAAUAGACAUCAUGUCUCUGAACAGCCAGCUGCUGGACGCCAUCCAGCAGAAGCUCAACCUUUCACAGCAGCUGGAGGCUUGGCAGGAUGAUAUGCACAGAGUGAUUGACCAGCAGCUGAUGGACAAACACCAAGACGAGUGGCGUUCGGCCCACAGCUCCCGGUCGGGAUCUUCACGGAGUCAGUCCCCAAGACGAGCUCGCCGUGUCUCUGAUCGGGACAAGAGACUUUUCUCUUUUUUCAAAAAGAGCUGAGCUCUGUUGGACUGCCAUAAGCACAGCAGACAGAGACAAACCAGGUGAGGGACAGGGAGGAAGGGACAUCGCAGUCCAGCCAAAGAUAGGCAGUGGCACACGCUAAUGUUUGGGGGUGAGGGGUCAUUUUGCACUAUUUCUGUCACAUCACUCUUCUUCUGUCUGAUGAAUUAGAGGCUGCUGACAAUGAAAGAAUAAGAGAGCAGGGCUUCCCCAGAACCUUUGGCUUGAACACUUUUCAUAAAGCUUUUUUGUUCUUAUAAAACACAACAGGGUUAUGAAAUUUACCUUCUUAACGGGAGGUUUCCUUGUAGUGCCUACAACCAUCUCUAAAAAGCCCACUGCCAACUCUGCAGAGGUGGAACACAAUGUACAGUUCCUAUGUGCAUCCCUGUUAUCAGGCCCAAGAGUCUGGGGAAAGACAGACGGAACAAAGUAGGAUCACAAGAAAUGGUCYGGGGAGAACUGGGAGUCAGACUGUGAUGGGACAUGAGUCGGACCCUAAUGACCCCCUGAGUGCAUACCAUUGUUGUCAGGUUUAUUCAUUUGUUCAGGGAAACAUGAGGCAACAGCUUCACCAAUGAGAACCAUGAUGAACAAACAUUGAAUUAUUAUGACCAAAAGAAAGUUGYUUUAAUGACAAAACAYUGGCUGUGCCCAAAUUCAGAGGCUGGGUCCUCCAAAGGUUGAAUUUGUCGACCUCUUACGUCACAGCACCACGCCGAAGGCUGUCCAAAUUUAAAGACUCCUCCGAUUGCGACCGACAAAUGCGUCCUCCUUUUGCCCCGAUUUGAGGGACGGGUUCAAUGGAUCCUUCUUGGUCCACUAUAUCCCAUGYUGCAUUGCAAGCCGACCGGAGAUUUCUUUUCCACUCGUAAUGGUGGAGGAAACUAGAGAAAGGAGUACAGCUUUAAAUAAAAAUCUGGGGGUAUAGUUGUGUUGUUAAUGGUUUUUACGUUUUUUAUAUUAUUCUUGUCAGAAACAAGCUAGUAUAGCAAAAUAAACGUGCACAUAUGGCAGGUCCCUUAGUUCUUCAAAUAUUGCCUUUAAGCUAAUUUUGUUGUUUAAGAAUACUUAUAAUACUAAUAUAUAGAUAUUUUGCUAAUUUCAAUCUAUUUUUGAUUCUAUUUAGCAUCAUCACACUAGGCGACAGGAGAUACGCCGGGGUAAGGGCGGGAAUAAUGCAGGAAGGGUAGACCGUCCAAAUUCACAGCCACUUUUUUCGUCUUUGCAGUCUACCAAGGUCCUAGACCGGGUAGGCCGAGUCCUUUGAAGGACCCAGCCCCUGGAGACAGCCAAUGUGUGAGGAAACAUUGAUGAAAAACAAGAGUUUUUCUUAUGUUGGACUAUCAAAUAUUAAAGUUCGGAGACAUGAACUAGACAAUGUUAAGCUGCACUAAUACAAAUAAUGGAUUGAAUGAACAGUAAAGGAGGUGUUUCACAAAUAAAACUGCAUGAAUUUGCAGUUUUACACUGUAAACCAGAUAUAUACAUCCAAAGAUCCAAACAUCCAAAUUCAAAGAGCUACAUCCUAUAAUUUCCCAUGAUGCUCCAGUUUAACUCCCCAUCUCCUGAUUAAAAUAAAAUCUUGUGUUUCAAAAUGCAGAUUUGCAACAGUUUUUCCAGUUUGUCUUUUUGAUAACCCUGGUAACCCAGGUACAAAAUGAUCCAAGCUGGAACAGAGUAAAGAAAUCCUAAACCUAAAAGACAAUCUUUUUAGUGGGAGCAUUGUUGGGAUGAACUCUAUGUGGCCUUCACGUUCAUCUCUGAUAGAUGAGUAAACCUUCGAGUGGCUGAACUCAUUAAAGCCGUCUGUCCAGGUGUUAUAUUUUUUAUACUGUUCACAUUAUAUGAAUAUUAUUUUUUGUUAAGAAAAAGGCACUGCCUCAUAUUUUGUCCCUGUGAUGUCAGCCAUCUUCCUAGUUGACCAAAUUUCCAAAAUGUUUACAUAAAGCUUGAGAAGGAGACAGAACUGUGUUGAAUGCUCAUCAAUAAUAGUUGAAUUUCAUAUCGGUGAAGGUGUGUUGGUGUACAACAGCUCAACAAAACUUCCUGUGCAGUGGUCAACAUUCAACAUUCACUCCUAGUAAAGGUCUACCUCCAUUCUCAUGGCUUCAGUACUUCAUGGGCACUUUAAUUUCCUAGCUGUUGGGCUUCCAUUUUAGGAGACAUAUCUGUGACUGCGUUGGUCGAGCAGUGUGUCAAGCUGUUGGAGCAUGAAUGAUUUUCAGUGCUGACGUCUCAUGUCUGUCUGUCUUAGACCUCAUGACGAAAGCAGCUGUGCUUAAUCUAUGCAGGUGUCUCUGUGUCAUCUCAGCUGGUUGUUGGUAAGGAUCAACCCAAAGAAUGAUUUUUUUUUCCAAAAAAUUUAAAACUAAAAGGUUUGGAUGAAAAUGUUAUAUUUAUAUAAAAAAACUACUUUUAAAUGAAGAUCUUUUUGUACAAUGUUAUUUGUAGGCUCUGUUUUCAUGUUUGUCAUGUGAACAGGAAAGAAGAAUUCCUGUUCACAUGACACACGUUUAAUUGGUUAGAGUUCACUUUUUAUUUCUUCAUUUUGUAUUUGAAUGGUCUGGUGUGGCACAGUGAGAGAAAAAUCUGUCUUUUUGUUUCACUUAAAACCACUUACCAAGAAGAUGAAAAAAUGACCCCAAACAGUUCCACUCUGCAGACAGUUCAAGGCUUCACUAGCAAUAACAAAACAUUAAUGGUUAAUGGUAAAUGGCCUAAACUUGUAAAGUGCUUUAUCAAAUCUCUACGGACUUUAAAGCACUUUACAUAACAGACAUUCACCUAUUCAUACACACAUUCACACAAUGAUGUUGGUAAUCUACAUCGCAGUCACAGCUGCCCAUUAAUAAGAGUUAAAAAUAAUCUCUGUUGUGGUAUUUAUUGAAAUACAAGAAAAGAAGAAGAAGGAGAAAAAAAAGGUUAUUAGAGUAGAAAAUGCCCUGUCACAUUAUAGUGUUUUAGACAACUGAUAUUGUCACUCUGGUGUAAGUCACAUAAGUUAGGUGUAAGUUUUAAAUAAGUUACCACCCAGUAAUUUUGUACAUGUACAAACUCUUCAGUGUAAAUGUAAGUUGCAGGUAGGCAACAGGUAAGUUGUGCAUAAGCACAACUUGGUUUCUUGGAUCAUGAUACAUGCAUCUUUUAGAGAUGAGAGAUUCUCCUUUUUAUGAAUAAAAUUAAGUCACUUUUCAUUUUGUUUGUGUGUCAGUUAGCUUUAUGAGCUCUUUAAAAAGGACAAAAAUCUACAAUUUUGCAUAAACUUUUCCAGUUUAGAGCGCAUUUAUAUUAUUCUUUCUAAACAGGAAUUUAUUCACAAAGGCAUAAUUCCUGCUAAGUCACUUAAUCGUCAAAUUAAACAGCAAAAACAAAUGUGAUUUUUUUUUAAGCAUUAAUGCAGCAUAAUAACUAAUCUGUCAAGAUAAUCCCUAAAUGUCAAAUACACAGAAAUUUAAUUUAUUAGUUCAGUAACCAGAGAAGGAGCAUCUACACAUUCACUUUGACACUUGCUGAUGAUUCAUGUAUUAAACAUUGAUAAAGCCAUAAAAAUCCUUUGCACAAAGGAUUCAUGUCAGGCAGAACAAAUAAAAAUGUUUUCAAAUAAUUCAUUAACUGUUUGUUUGUUUGUUUGUUUGUUUGUUUGUUUGUUUGUUUGUUUGUUUGUUUGUUUGUUUGUUUGUUUGUUUUCACCAGCAUGUAUUUGUAGAUUUGGGUCUCCUGUGCAAUUAGUCCUGCCAGUACCAGGUUGUAAUUUUUCUUGUUCAUCUUUUAUGAUAAUUCUUUGUAUCACAUUUGAUUUGUUAACAUUAUGUUGAUGUAAAUGUUGUCUUUGUUACCUUUAUUGUAAACUGAACAGAUUUUCUAACUGAAAGCAUGUGUUUUGUGGUUGGUUGAACAUCCUAAUGCUGCCUCCACAGAUCGUGUGUGUGUGUGUGUGUGUGUGUGUGUGUGUGUGUGUGUGUGUGUGUGUGUGUGUGUGUGUUGCAGAGGCAGACAAACACAGAUCAUUGAGUGUGCAUGUCUCUCCUGAGUUGGAUGUUUUGGAUGUUAUGCUUUCGAUGAACUCGUGCUCUGUGUGAGAGCUUCCAUUCACCACAGAGCAACAGCACUGUUUUAGUUGCUUUAGUUACAAAACUAUUCAAAGUAUUUUUCAUGCAAUUUUCUUAGCUUUUUUUUGUACAAAUAAACACUUUAAAAUUC